AUGGACAGAGAGAAGUUUCAGCAGAAGGCUUCGAAGCAAACUAAGCAGAAGAAAUCCAAGUCGGCUGAAUUUCUGAUGGUUAAAGAAGAGAGAGAAUUUAAGGAAGGCACUACAAAUCCAGCUUUUUGUGCAAGCAGCUCGGAUCUCUCCACAUACUGGUCUACAGAAGAGAGGAUGAUGGGACAAGUUGUCAGGAGUCACAGCCUUGUAUCUCACCCAAGGGGAUCCAGGCUGCCAGCCGCAGCCAAACUCAAAGGAAAUGAAUACAGCAGAAAUUACUUUGACCCACUGAUGGAUGAGGAAAUAAACCCAAGGCAGUGUGGGAUGGAGGUCAGCAGAAAGGAUAAAAGCCUCAGGAAAACUCCACAUUCAGAAGAGCCCAUAAGAUCCAGGAAGAGUCCUGAGCUCCCAGGUGACAAGGCCACCUUUGCUUGCAGCGUGGUGUCAAUGAGAUGUGCUCAGAAAGCCACAGUUCUGCCUGGAUGGUCCUCAUCACAACAGUUAACUUGUCUUCCAAAAAGAUACAUUCAGGUACUAAAUUCCCAGGACCUGUACCUGGGAACUCCUUUGGUCUUCUUAGAGUCUUUGCAGACCAGUAUUAACUUGUACUGCACUAACAGUUACCUGCGGAUGAAGAACGGUCACGUACUGCACUGUAAUCAAGAAUUAGAGAACGUCGAUGCAAAGAUUAUGCUAUCCCCUAAAAAAAAACAGUUUCAUAUUUCACCUUCUUUCCUUAGAAAUGUGUUGAAAUUAGUAGAGUUACGGAGACCACUGUUCCUAAAAAUGAAAGUAGCCUAUUUCUCUCAGCUGUACGUGAGUGAUGAGGUCGGGAGGCCUUCACCGCCCCAGUGCUUCCAUAUACAGGUGAAGUGCAUCUGGGGUCUGAAGAACAAGGCUCCCCAGGGCUACUAUAUCCUUAGAAUGUCCCUACUCGAAUACCCUGGGGGGCCUGUCUUGCAUUUGGAACAAUCAAAGCAUCUAGAAACCAAAACACAUUCAGUGAAGCAUAAUGGAAACUUCUAUGAUGUCGGACUAUAUUUCCAUGAAAAACUUAGCAUGACACUCCCUUCCAAGAAAGAUGUGAAACCUGGCAUGGCCUUCUUGUUUGAACUCGUACUCCUUCGUGGGAAAUAUGUCUCCUGUGACCAAGUUGUGGGCUGGUCAGCCUUUCCUUUGUGUGAUAAUAACUUUGGUGUGGUGGAAGGAAAAUUCAAGUGUCCCCUUCUCCGAGGACAUUAUGACCGGAAACUUGACAACUUUAGGAAAAUUGAAGACUUGAUUUGCCUAGAUAUGGAUCACUGGUUAUGCAAUCUUUAUUUUCAGGUAAUUAAACUUCCUAUGGAUUUAGUUGAUCAAAAAGACCAUAAAACCCACACCCAGUUUCACUCUAAGUUUCAAGUUUUCUUAAUGCCUGAAGAAGAGUCAGAUGUGGAUGAUACGGCCGGCCUUUCAGGAAAAAAAACAGAGCAAAGCACUUUUACAUUGAAAGGGAGUAUUGCUAAUAAAAUUGAUCCCUGCCCUACUGACUGUGGUCUCAGAUGCUUAAAAGAAGACCAUGAAUUACUCAAUAAGGAGGAAGACCUGACUGAACAUUCUGUGAAGAAAAAGUCAACUGGUUGGAUAACUGCAGAAAUGAACAAUUACUCACAAGAUUUAUCUUACUUGGAAGAACUGGAGAAACACAAAUUUUCAGUUUACUGUUCAUCAGUCACCCAGAGUGGUGGGUCUAGAGAAUUCUUCAAGCAUCUGCAGUUUGCACUGACCUCAAUCUACUUGGAACUUCAGUUAUCUCAAUGGAGAAGUCAGGGUUUCUGGUACAGCCUCCUGUUGGUUGCUGCUAUCUGGUUCUUGAGACUCUACUUGCAUUACUUGGGCCAGUGGCUUUUCCUAUGGGCCAUUUCUGUUCCUGUUACAAAGUUCCAUUUUUCCCUGCAUACUGUGGAGCUCUGUUACCCAGCCUCUUCCCUCCACAUGGGGCAGGAGCUAUUUGUGGUUGCAGCUGGGCCUUUAGCACUGAAUACACUGAUACUGCCCUGGGUUCUAGUCCGAUGGGGAUGUCAGAUGCUGUUUGCCUCCUACCCUGAUGUCCUGUCCAAGUUAAUCACAACCAUGGCACUCUGGACAGUUUUGGACCCUUUGGCAGUAUUUCUAAUAGAUACUAUCCUGGGGCGGCUGACACAGAGUGGUGAGAAUCCCACAGCUGAUGCAGCAAAGCUCUACUGGCUCUUUGUUAGAACCAUGCAACCAGGAAUCCUUGGAGUGAUAAUUACAGUGAUAUUAUACACCCUCCUGUUCAUCAUUUCUUCUUUGAUUUUAUAUCUGUAUUGUCUUAGAUUGAACAAUAAUCCUUGGAUAUCAGAUGCAUUUCAGCGCAUCCACAGUGAAGAAGAAAAAUUCUUUAUACCAUAUGAUUUGGAGAUUUCCAAUCAGGAGCUAAGUUACAUAGUGAAAAGAUCUGAACAAUGGAGAGGAAUCAAUGGCGAAAGAAGGAAGGUGGCAGUGUAUGAUUAUAUCUGGAAAAGCCAUGGCGUUGAGUCCAGUGCCUCCUGUUGUGACCUCGAACAUCAGAAUGCAAUUUUUAUUCCUGCACUUAGUCCAGGAGAUGUUACUUCUCAUGUAUCUGUAUACACCAUUUACCCCAGUGGAUUCCAAGAACUGUACCGCCAUUUUCUCAGACUGCCCAGUGGGGCUAUUGUUGAGAAUUACUUUGUAAACUUCAUUGCAACUAUUUUAUAG